AAAAACACAUGAAUAAUUAAGGACAGGGGAAGGCUGAACGAAAAACGUAUUUUUUCCCAACUUUAUUAUAAGCAAACGUAUAGCAGAAUAAUUUAAAUGUCCCUGUUUUUGAAAGCACACGGAUGACGCGUUUUUCCGUUUUGGGAAGUAGCCUAAUGUGAGAUUGGUGCGUUUUUUCUUGUGUUUUUCUUUCGUCAGAGAGAAAUAACAGUAUUCCUGCCUUGCGGAUUGGAGUGUAAAUCCGCCAUAUUCGGCUUUACCACGUCCGGGAGUCGAGCAAUUGGAAAUAAAGCGAACACGUUUAUUCAUGUGUUUUCUCAUCGAAUGGAUUAUGGGACUAUUAGGAUACGAAGACAUGCUUUAAAAAAAUAUGUGAAGAGGAUGACUGGGCAAGAAUGAGAAUGCUUAUCACAUAGAACAUUACGUAUGAUUUAAAAAAAAAACGGUGCUGAUGAUCAUAUUUAAAAGGAAAAUCAGACUACCCAAUUAGAAUUUCUGACAUUUAGUUAACUCCCCGAGCCACUGUUUGCUGCCUGACAGUCCGUCAGAAAGCGAAGCGAAACGGGGGAGCAACAAUUUCUCAAAUAGCCUAUACAUGUUCUUCUCCUCCCAGGCUAUGCCACUUUAUAACGCGUCCAUGUUUUUUUGCAUCUGUAAUGGCGUGAUUUGAUAUCCGUUAAUUGUUUUUUUUUUAUCGCAACUGGAAUCUGCGUAGUGCAUAAAGAAGGAGGAAAGGUGAUUUUAAAAGAAUGACCCUAGACGCCAUCAUGGCGUGUUGCCUAAGCGAGGAGGCGAAAGAAUCCAGGCGGAUCAACGACGAGAUCGAAAGACAGCUCCGCCGGGAUAAGAGGGAUGCUCGCCGGGAAUUGAAGCUGUUGCUUCUCGGUACUGGAGAGAGUGGGAAGAGCACCUUCAUUAAACAGAUGAGAAUCAUCCAUGGCGCCGGCUACUCAGAGGAGGACAAGCGAGGCUUCACCAAGCUGGUGUACCAGAACAUCUUUACUGCCAUGCAGUCCAUGAUCCGUGCCACAGAGACCCUAAGGAUCCCUUACAAAUAUGAGCACAACAAGGGCAACGCUAACGUGGUCCGAGAGGUGGAUGUGGAGAAAGUCAGCACGUUGGCAAACCACUACAUAGACGCCAUCAAGUGUUUAUGGAACGAUCCAGGCAUCCAGGAAGCUUACGAUAGGAGACGGGAGUACCAGCUGUCGGACUCUACCAAAUAUUACAUGAAUGCGCUGGACCGGAUCGCAGAGGCCUCUUACCUUCCCACUCAGCAGGAUGUGCUGAGAGUUAGGGUCCCCACUACGGGCAUCAUUGAGUACCCCUUUGACCUCCAGAGUGUCAUCUUCAGGAUGGUGGACGUGGGGGGUCAGAGGUCAGAGAGGAGGAAGUGGAUACACUGCUUUGAGAAUGUCACAUCCAUCAUGUUUCUGGUGGCACUAAGCGAGUAUGACCAGGUGCUCGUAGAAUCUGAUAACGAGAACCGAAUGGAGGAGAGUAAAGCCUUGUUCAGGACCAUCAUCACAUAUCCCUGGUUCCAGAACUCUUCCGUCAUCCUCUUCCUCAACAAGAAGGACCUCUUGGAGGAGAAGAUCAUGUAUUCCCACCUGGUCGACUACUUCCCAGAGUUUGACGGUCCCCAAAGAGAUGCCCAGGCUGGCCGUGAGUUCAUCCUGAAGAUGUUUGUGGACCUGAACCCAGACAGCGACAAGAUCAUCUACUCCCACUUUACCUGCGCCACAGACACAGAGAACAUCCGCUUUGUGUUCGCCGCUGUCAAAGACACCAUCCUGCAGCUCAACCUGAAGGAGUACAACCUGGUGUGAAACCAUAGUUUGAAUAUUAGAAGGGACUUCAGCAUGAGCACAGCAAGGCUGGGGCCCAGAGACCUUUCUCCAACUUAUUCUAUGUCAAAUCUGUGAAGAAAAAAAUAAUGGUUGCAUAAUAUUAAUUUAUUGCCAUUGUUGACCCUUUUUUUCUAUUUAAAAGAACAUGAUUGAAGGAUUUAGGGGGUUUGAAGGUCACUGUUGGAUGUGUAAAGCACAGUUCCUCCAAUUAUUCUAAUUGUUUUUAGCUUUAUUUUUUAAGACACUCAAUGUGACUGCUGGGUUCUGUCCAAUGCCUCUGAACUUGAUUCCAAGGUGCUCCCGCCAUUUAGUUUGAUUCGAUCUAGUCGGUCCAUUCCAGCGCCAGUCUGUGGCCCCACUCUCCUGCUUGUCAACUAAGACCUCUGGAGUUCGAAUUCAUGAAUGAACACAUUUUUCUUCCCCUGACAGGGUGAAAAGUGUUGACACUGAUUUCUUAAAAUUAUUGUUUUGAUUAUUGCAUCCACUUUAGUACCGUUUGACGUGUACAAUCAGCCACACAGUAGGGCGGGAGGUCAGUCAUUUAACUGGGCUGUAUAGUGAGGGGGCAUCAAGAUGCUCAUCACCCAUCGCAGUCCCUAGGGUCAGGAGUCAGUUAUUUUGGAAUCAAGUUGUGCUGUACCAGGCUUUUGAAGGUCCUAUUUAUUGCCGAUGCCAAAAGGAUGUAGCGUUAACUCGAGGCUCCCUUUCACGCUGUUAACUAGAAAGAGGGUUGGAGGAAAGACAGGACACAGCCUUUUGAAGGAUCCAAGAGUUUACCGUGCGCACGUGACCUUUUUAAAGUGUUUCACCCUGUUUUUGGUUAGACUUUUCUCCCCCAUCUUGUAUUAAUUGUUGAAUGCCAAAAACCACUUGUUUGAGUCAGUAAGCCAAGCCUGACAACUCAUUCACUGGAGUCCAUAGGGUCGUUGUUGUUAAUGCCAAUCGUAGUGGCCAUUGUGAGGAUAUGAUAAUACUAUUGACAGUAGAAGCUGAACUCCGCUAAUGACCGGUUGUGAGUAUGUGGACGGUUGUAACCAUAAGCCCCUUUUUAUUAUUAAAGGCUUGAGUUUGGAAAUCCUUAAAGUAUGAAAUGGCUAUUUUAUUUUGCCCAGACAGAGGCAGGGACUGGCGGAUGGAGGACCUUGCUCUGCUGAUGGGUGACAGUCAGAUGUGAGAAUCUGCCUUUGAAAGAGGUUAUUCUCUUGUAGAGGGGCUGCUAGUCUUCUCUCACUACCUGGACUGAGCUGGGCCACCGCAAAUGCAGCUAUGGCAGCCAGUCAUAGCUCCGAGGUCUCACGUAGACUGAGCAACCACAAUGCAGCUGUUUCCUUUUGUUGUACGAUCACAGCAUGGCUGUCCGACUGUUUUAGUUUUUUAGCAGUGGAGAUGAUUAGUUGUUUCCCACGUUAAAGGGGGCGGAGCAUUGAGCACAAUUUGUAAUCCCUCACUUCUCAGUGGCUCUGACCCCCAGUUAUUUCUGAGUAUAUCUUUGUAACAAUGCCCUAAGCCUGUAAUUGACAUUGAGGCAUAGUGCAAUUAUGAAUGCUAUAGUCAUUGUACAGCUCUCUUAUUUAUAUAUACAGUUGAAGUUGGAAGUUUACAUACACUUAGAUUGGAGUCAAUAAAACUCAUUUUUCAACCACUCCACAAACCUCUUGUUAACGAACUAUGGUUUUGGCAAGUCGGUUAGGACAUCUACUUUGUGCAUGACACAUUUCUCCAACAAUUGCUUACAGACAGAUUAUUUCACUUUAUCACAAUUCCAGUGGGUCAGAAGUUUACAUAAACUAAGUUGACUGCCUUUAAACAACUUGGAAAAUUCCAGAAAAUAGUCAUGGCUUUAGAAGCUUCUGUCAAUUGGAGCUGUGGAUGUAUUUCAAGGCCUACCUUCAAACUCCGUGCCUUUUUUCUUGACAUCAUGGGAUAAUCAAAGGAAAUCAGCCAAGACCUCAAAACAAUUGUAGACCUCCACAAGUCUGGUUCAUCUGUGGGAGCAAUUUCUAAACACCUGAAGGUACCACGUUCAUCUGUACAAACAAUAGUACACAAGUAUAAACACCAUGGGACCACGCAUCUAUCAUAACUCUCAGAAAGGACACACGUUCUGUCUCCUAGAGAUUAACAUACUUUGGUGGGAAAAGUGCAAAUCAAUCCCAGAACAACAACAAAGGACCUUGUGAAGAUGCUGGAGGAAACGGGUACAAAAGUAUCUAUAUCCACAGUAAAAUGAGUCCUUUAUCGACAUAACCUGAAAGGUCACUCUGCAAGGAAGAAGCCACUGCUCCUGAACUGCCUUAAAAAAGCCAGACUACUGUUUGCAACUGCACAUGGGGACCGAGAUUGUACUUUUUGGAGAAAUGUCCUCUGGUCUGAUGAAACAAAAAUAGAACUGUUUGGCCAUAAUGACCAUUGUUAUCUUUGGAGGAAAACGGGGGUGCUUGCAAGGCGAAGAACACCAUCCCAACCGUGAAGAACAGGGGUGGCAGCAUCAUGUUGUGGGGGUGCUUUGCUGCAGGAAGUACUGGUGCACUUCACAAAACAGAUUACGUGAGGGAAGAAAAUUAUGUGGAUAUAUUGAAGCAACAUUUCAAGACAUCAGUCAGGAAGUUAAAGCUUGGUUGCAAAUGGGUCUUCCAAAUGGACAAUUACCUCAAGCAUACUUCCAAAGAGGCAAAAUGGCUUAAGGACAAGAAAGAAAUCAGAAAUUCCUGACCUCAACCCCAUAGAACAUUUCUGGGCAGAACAGAAAAUGUGUGUGUGAGCAAGGAGGCCUACAAACCUGACUCAGUUACACCAGCUCUGUCAGGAGGAAUGGGCCAAAAUUCACUCAUUUUAUUGUUUGAAGCUUGUGGAAGGCUACCUGAAAUGUUUGACCCAAGUUAAACAAUUUAAAAGCAAUGCUACCAAAUACUAAUUGAGUGUAUGUAAACUUCUGACCCACUGGGAAGGUGAUGAAAUAAAUCAUUCUCUAUUAUUCUGACAUUUCACAUUCUUAAAAUAAAGUGGUGAUCCUAACCGACCUAAGACAGGGAAUUUUUACUAUGAUUAAAUGUAUUUGGCUAAGGUGUAUGUAAACUUCCUAUGAUUAAAUGUAUUUGGCUAAGGUGUAUGUAAACUUCCUACUUAAACUAUGGCAGCAUCCAUGUUGGCUUUGUAAUCAUUACUUUUUUGCCAGAUUGAAUGUGCAAUAUUGAAAAUAUGUCUAAUAUAUGGCUAAUUCAUUUGUGAAAAAACAUGUUUUUAAGAGGAGAAUGUAUAUAUAUUUUUGCCAGUUAAUUUUUCAACAAGAAACCAAGUGCAGUUUUAGAUCUGCAUAAUGAGCAAUCAAUAUGAUCUAACGGAAUGGUUUGCCAGAAGCUGCAAUAGCUUUUGUUCAUUCACUUUUGUAUAAAAGACUGCAGACUCCAAUUACAGGGCUAAUUCCAUUGGUUUAGACCGAAAUACUGGCUUCAGGAAAUGAGCACUUGUCCUAAGUAUUACUAGAUGAGUGUUUUGAAAACACGUAAUUUCUUCCUUUCCUCAUUGGAGUAGUCACUGAUCUAGCAUGAUUGGAUAUGUUAUAGCAAGAAUCCCACUAGUCACAGAUGUGAGUUCAACGCCUAGUUUAGAUUUUUCAUUUGUUUGAGUUGUCAACUUAUGUGAAUUCAAUGUGAAAUCAACAAAAAACACCAUGUCAUUGGAUUUAGGUUAAAAGUUAUGUGAAAUAAACAUUCUCUUACAAUGA